AUUAGUCACUCUUCCUCCCUGCCCCUCCUGGCGGACUCCUGUGCUCCGGACGGGCGCGCAGGAUGUCGCCUGCUGGUCGCCUCUGUCUCCUCACCCUUGUUGGCCUGAUUCUUCCCGCCAGAGGACAGAAGUUGGAGAACACAUCCAUUUCUCCAGACUACACUGGCAAUACGGACAUUUCUACCGAGUCUGAACUCCAGGAAGAAACAACACCGAUCCAGUGGGAGACCCAGACCCAGCACCCUAGCGGAACGAAUGAGCUUCUAACAUCAGACCCCAGCGUGGACAAGGGCCUAAUGCAAGAUCCAGCUAAAGGCACCACACCCUAUGAGAGAGGAGUCCCAGCUGGCAAAGGCAACUUGGAUCCUGCCCCCAGGUCAAGUGGUUCAAAUGAAGAUAACCCUUUCUACUAUGACGUGUACACACUCCGGAAAAGGGGGCUGAUCAUCGCAGCGGUGCUGUUCAUCACAGGCAUUGUCAUCUUAACCAGUGGCAAGUGCAGGCGGUUGCCCCAAUUAUGCCGGAAUAUUUGCAGAGACUACACAGUGGUCAGUGAAGCCCAGCUGGCAAGGGAUGACAUGGACGGAUUCUGAGCUGAGGCCAAAGGCAAAGCCCCCACCCCCGAGUCGCCCAUUGUGUUCUAACAGUAAAUCCUGGUGUUCC